CCCCGCGAGUCAGAAAAUGGCCCGUCUGCAGAACCAAGUGAGAAUGGGCGUCCCCCGGAGAUGGGCAGCCCCGAGCAGGACCUGGAGCCUGCCUGCGACCGGGGGAAGAAGGUGCCACUGCAGCCCACCAAGCAGAUGAAGGUCACCGCGUCCAGAGGGGGCGACCGCCACAGUGGGGAUGACAGCCUCCACGAAGCCACCAGCUCCCAGACGAGCAGUUCUCGGGACCAGCUCAGUGACUGUGACAGCGAGAGCGAAGGGGACGACAAGGCAUCUGUGGGCUCUGAGAAGCUCUUUGCCCCGGCAGCCGAUAAAGCAGGAGCAGCAGCGCCAGCAGCAGCGCCAGCCUCGGGCUCGCGAAGCACGCGUCCCUGUCGCCUCUCGGGCCGGGCCCCCACCUGUCUACCUCACACUUGGCGCUCCGCUCGCAGGCCCAGCACCAGCACCACGCGGCGGCCAUGUUCGCCGCCCCCCCGACACUGCCCCCGCCCCCGGCGCUGCCGGCCAACAGCCUGGUCAUCCCAGGACACCCUGCCGAUACCAGCCUGUUGAUCUCAUUCAGCCAGCCAAUCAUGUAUUGCCAGCCUCAUUCGGGGAUUGUGAUUGGUACUUGGUCACAGGCACCUCUCUUACCUCCACCCUGGGGCCCGCACCUAGCGAGCGGCCACCACGGCUUGGCCUGCCGAAACCAGUGCCAGAUCACGAGCUGCUCAGGCAAGAGCUGAACGCGCGUUUUCUGGUCCAGAGCGCUGAGCGGCCCGGCGCCCCCCUGGGCCCGGGGGCUCUGCUGCGGGCGGAGUUCCACCAGCACCAACACACACACCAGCACACACACCAGCACCAACACACAUUUGCCCCCUUCCCCGCGGGGCUGCCCCCGACGCCGCUCCUGCCGCCCGCCGCACCCCCGCCGUUUGAUAAGUACGCACCCAAGCUGGACGGCCCCUACUUCCGACAUUCCAACUUUUUCCCGUCCUUCUCUUCUGCCAUCCCCGGACUGCCCACCCUGCUCCCACACCCAGGCCCCUUUGGGUCCCUACAGGGUGCUUUUCAGCCCAAGACUUCAAACCCAAUCGAGGUAACAGGCCGGGCCAGUGCUGUUCACACCCUCCUCCAGAAAGCCCCUGGGGUGUCCGACCCGUACCGGACCGCAGUUAGGAACCCUGGGAAGUGGUGUGCCGCGCACGUGCAGAUUGCCUGGCAGAUCUACCGCCAUCAGCAGAAGAUAAAGAUGCAGCUGGACCCCCACAAGCUGGAGGUGGGCGCCAAGCUGGACUUGUCCAGUAGACCCCCUGCCCCGGGCGUGUUUGCCGGAUUCCACUACCCGCAGGACCUGGCCCGGCCCCUCUUCUCUGGCUCGGGUGCUGCUUAUUCCACCACCAACCCAUUCGGACUCUCAGCCCAUCCCAGCAGCUUUCUGACCACGGGUCACCUGACAGACCCUUUCAGCAGGCCAGGCACCUUCGGGGGCCUGGGGAGCCUGGGCAGCAGCGCCUUUGGAGGCCUGGGGAGCCACGCACUGACUCAGGGCAGCGGCAUCUUUGCCCCCAAGGAGAGCUCCGCGCUGCAUGGCCUGCCCAGCCCCCACGAGGCCUGGAACCGACUGCACCGGGCGCCACCCUCCUUUCCCACACCACCCCCAUGGCCUAAGCCUGUGGACCCAGAUCGGGUCUCAGCCCUGACCAACCACGACCGAGAGCCGGACAAGGUCAGGGAGGAGCGGGACCUCCUGGAGAAGACGCGCCUGCUGAGCCGGGCCUCACCUGCAGCCCCCGGGGCCCACCCAGCCAGCAGCCUCCUGCUCCGCGGCCAGAGCGAGCCGUGCCGGCCCGGGGUCCUUGCUGAGCGCGAGGCCGAGCCUCGAGUCAAGGAGAGCCGCUCCCCGGCCAAGGAGGACGGCGCCAAGCUGGCCCCGCGCCCGCCGUCUCCCUACAGCAAGGUGGCCCUGGGCAACAGCCUGCGCCUGGCGGGCCUCCUGGGCAGAGAGCCGGGGAAGCCGCCCGAGGCGCCAGCCGAGCGGCCUCAGGGCGAUGUCAAGGUCAAGGAGGAGCGCAGGGAAGACAGCGACGCGCCCGAGCCCCCAGGGGCCGGCCUGCACCCAGCACCCGAGCGUCCGCGCGCGCCCCCUGCGCCCCUGCAGCUCGGGCCCAGCCCGGCGGCCCCGUACGUGUUCAUCGUGCAGAAGAGCUACCAGGACAGCGAGACGGGCCCCGAGAGCUCCGUCAUCACCAAGGUCAAGGGCAUCACCUUCUCCGAACACAAAGUGUGGGACGUGGAGGAGUACGUCAAGCCCCCCGAGGGAGGCAGCGUGUUCAGCAUCAUUACCAGGAUUGAGGUCACACCCUCCCAGACCCUCGGAACCUGCCCCGAGAGCAUGAGAGUCAGCGACGCCACCUGCGGCUCGGACGAGGACUGCGUGGCCGGGCAGCUGGACAUGCUGGGAAACGGCCUGCGGACUGGCCGCUGCGUACCCUACUACCAAGGCUCGGCCAAGACCUGCGAGGUGUCCGGCUGGUGCCCUGUGGAAGACGGGGCCUCUGUCAGCCAAUUUCUCGGCAAGAUGGCCCCAAAUUUCACCAUCCUCAUCAAGAACAGCAUCCAGUACCCUAAAUUCCAGUUCUCCAAGGGCAACAUAGAGCACCGGAAGGAUGGCUACCUGAAACACUGCACGUUCGAUGAGGUCUCUGACCUCUACUGUCCCAUUUUCAAGCUGGGCUUCAUUGUGGAACAGGCAGGGGAGAACUUCACGGAGCUGGCGCAUACGGGUGGCGUCAUUGGGGUCAUCAUCAACUGGGACUGUGACCUGGACCUGUCAGCAUCGAAGUGCAACCCCAAGUACUCCUUCCGGAGGCUUGACCCCAAGCACGUCCCAGCUUCAUCUGGCUACAACUUCAGGUUUGCCAAAUACUACAAGACAAACGGCAGCACCACACGCACGCUUAUCAAGGCCUAUGGGAUCCGCAUUGACGUCAUCGUGCACGGACAGGCAGGGAAGUUCAGCCUGAUUCCCACCAUCAUUAACCUGGCCACAGCACUGACCUCCAUCGGGGUGGGCUCCUUCCUGUGUGACUGGAUCUUGCUGACGUUUAUGAACAAAAACAAGGUGUACAGCCAUAAGAAAUUCGACAAGAUAGUGGACCCCCCUGAGCAGACCGCAGGACCAGAGCUGUGCCCCCCCGAGCCUUCCCGGCAGGACUCCACACUCACAGACCCCCGAGCCCACGGGGACCUGGGGCCCUGUCCUCGCACCUCAACACCGUGAGAAAAUGGGAACCACAAGACCUCCGUGCAGCCGGGCCGUAGGCUGACACCAAGUGGAUGGCGCCUUGACCCCAGCUGGCCCCCCAACUUCCCCCAGGGCCUGGGGGCGGGGCAAACUCCUGCCUCCUCCUCCCCAGCUUACCCCCCCCCCACAGGCUUCUCACCCCUCUGCGCCCAGACCCUUUGCUUGCUUCAUAGCCAAGAAACCACGUAUCCAGAAUCCAAUAAACCUGUGACCAGAACCUCUGGCCUCAUUUUUGAGGAAGAGCAUCUUGAGCCAUGAAGACAAACAUGUAGGAGAGGGUCCCUGCAUGUGGCAGCUGUGGGCGCCCUCGGUCCUGUCUCCCUUCUAACCAGCCUGGGUACAGAGUGCACGGGCACGUCUACCCCCACGUCCAGCCAGGUCAUGGUGAUGUCCGACCAGGUGGGUGGUGGGGGUGAGCACAGAGACGGGCAGUGCAUGAGGAGCUCAACUCAUCCCGGCACCUGCCCUGCAGUGAACCUGCUUACCAGCUUCCUGGGGUGGGAGUGUCACCCCAGACCCAAACCUCAAAAUAUGGGACAGGAUGGGGGACUCUGGAGGACGAGGGGAGCCAGGGAGUAGGCGACGAGUCAUACUAAGGAAAACCUGGCUCUUGUUCCUGGUACCUGUGCAAGCAUCCUGGGUCCCACGCACAACGGCGCCCGGGCAGGGCAGGCAUUUGGUACUGGGGAGGGGAUGGACAAGGCAGGGCCAGGUUGAGAAGGAGCACAGGCCAGCAGCAGCGGGUCAGGCCUGCAGAUAACUGGCCAGCACACCCGUGGAUGCCACAGUGGUCAUUACAUUCAAAGACUCUGCCUGGUGCCUGCCUGGCCAGGCCCCCCCUUGUGGGGCUGCCAGAACUGGGCUGGAUGGCCGUUUUCCUAGCAACGGGCAUGGCAAGCACGCAGGAAUGAGGCAGCACGGCGUGCUUUGCACAGAUCACCUCGGCUGGGAUCCCACCACU